UGCUUAUUGCUCUGUUUUCUUUCCCUGCCAGUGUUUGGGAGUGCAAUACAUGCCAUGGCACGAAUCAGUGAUGAGUUUUGGUUCGACCCCUUGGAGAAAGGUCUUGCCUUAAGAUCAGUGAAUUCCUCCAGGUCAGCAUAUGCCUAUGUGUUCUUCUCAUCCAUGUUUUUCCAACAUUACUGCUGGACAGCUGUGCCUGAAGCCUGUCAGAAGGAAAAGCAGCUGUCCCUUCCCAGUAAACUGCUAGUUAAGUCAGUUCUCCCUGUAUUUAGAUGUGUCAAUGUACUGGGAAGGAAUGUAGAGAGAUGCAGCAUCUCCAUCAGCCCCCAGGACCAUCACAUCACCUUCCAGUUCCUCUGCAGACACGGUGUUGUAAAAACCUACAACCUGACAUUUCAAGACUGUGACCCUUUGCAGGCUGUUUUUGCCAAGGACCUGUGCCCAAACGUUCUCAAAGUUCACUCCAGGCUCCUGGCUGAGGCAGUGGUUCACUUCCCAACCAGUCAGGAAGAAAUAACCUUAGCAGUUACUCCAAGCAAAGUUUGUUUCAAGAGUUACACUGAGGAAGACACUGACUUUGCCAGGACGAUGCUCACUGAGAUUCAGCUCAGUCCAGAGGAAUUUGACUACUUUCAAGUUGGAGUAGAGUCUGAAGUGACAUUUUGCCUUAAAGAAUUGAGGGGGCUGCUGGUGUUUUCUGAAGCCACUGGUGUUCCUGUGUCCAUGCAUUUCGACAGCUCUGGGAAGCCCAUUGCUUUCAGCGUGGAGGACGUGGUGCUGGAGGCCAGCCUGGUCCUGGCCACGCUGUGUGAGGUGGAGAAGGAAUCGGAGCCGCGGCGCCGGGACAGUGCUUUGGCAAACCAGGAGGGGAAAACCAUCCCCAGAGCCACAAAGAGGGACGUGACAGGCAGAGCAGGACCAGCCACGGCAGAGGCAGCCCCAGCCACGGCCGAGGCAGCACGAGGAGAGGCGACGGAGGCUCCCUGUGAGUUCCACUCCCUGUUCUUCGGAGCGGUUUCUCACAAGGAGCAGGAUGCCACCAGCCACACCUUCCAGAGCCUGGCCACAGCCAGCGACACGGACGAGGAGUUCAGCAGCCUGCAGAGCUCCCAGGUGCUGUAG